AUGACAAACAUCACAGCCUCCAGCGGUAGCCUCAAGUACCCUGAGUCAGGAACUUAUGGCAAGAAUGAGACUAAAUGUUGGAGCAUUACGGUUCCCGACACUUACGCUGGUAUUUUAUUUCGUUUCUUCAGGUACGUUUUUCAUUUUUUGCAUCUUUCAAUAACAUGUCAACUCUGAGGCUCAGAGCUAAAGUUGUGACUUCAUUUUAUGCUACCACUAAUUAUUUUCUUAACAAACAUCGUAACGGCAGAAAAAAAACCACCUGAAAAAUGGCCUUUUUUGAACAGUUCUGAGAGGAAGCACCUGAUUCCUGGACUACAAAACAUGAUUGGAGGCGGCGAAAAACAAUUUCUAAUUAUCUGUGUUUAAACUCGUACGUUACAUGUUAAUAAAAAAACAUAAUCUCGGUAAAAAGCAAACAUGAAUUAAGCAACACUGAAAUGAACUUCCAGCUGUUUAGCGCUGAUUCUGCUUAAGACACCAAAAAAGAAAAUUUUUUCGACAAUUUAACUACUCACGAGAGGUACGUAGAGGGGUUACUCAGAGAUAACCUUAACAACUCACGUGGGGUACCUACCUGUGGCUUAGUUAACAGCAGGGUACCUGUGAUGUUUUAGUUUGAAAUGUAGAUACCGAUGACAAUUUUAAUAAUCCUAAUAGUGAUCGGCAUUUUAAUCAUGAUCUCCCCUACAAAAGAGCUUCCCAAAAAAAAAAGACAAACAUGGACAAAAACUUGCCUCGAUUAGACUUUGUUGGAUCAAAAACACCUGUAGCACAUGAAUCACAAACCCCUAUAGUAUAUUUAUUUUGGUUCUUCUUUCGAGUAGCUUUGUUUCUAGGUGAAAACAGAACUGUGAUUCGAUGGGAAUUAUUUCUUUUCGUAGCUUGGACAUUGAGAUGUGCUCUAGCUGUGAAUGCGACUUUGUUCAGUAUAGCUCCUCUGAAAGUAAUUUGCAAUUGGAAACUAAAUACUGUGGACGUUACAGUUACAACUACUUACACGAGUACCUUCUCCCCAUGAUUGGGAGUCUUGGAUCACCGCAAACAGUUGGAUCGACCGUCUACUUUCGGUUUGUGUCGGACGACUCUGCACAUUACAAAGGAUUUAACCUAAACUUUAUCGCUUUCUCUAGCCAUGGUAAGAAAUAAGCACACAAACAAUCAAACAAAAAGAAAAAAAACACCGUCCGUCAAAUGGACGAGCCAACAAACAAACCAUAUUAUUGGAAAAGGAAGGUCUAGGGUUGAUUCUUAAAAUAAUGGCAACAUUAACGGGUGAAUGCAUGAGGUCGACGCUCAGGUUGUCGAGAUAUGCAAAGGGACAACUAAUUGACCUUUGUAUCUCUUGAUCUGAAAAAGAUUCCAUUACUCAUCAGAAGAGAGGAAAGACCAAACGGAAAGUGAAACCACGCAAAAACUGUUGCUCCUUUUUUCGUUGAUUUAAUGCAGGCGAUUUACCAUUAGGGAAAAGCUUAAUGCGCUAAACGUAUAUUUUUCACUCACAUCCAAAGAUUGAGACUGAAUCGUGAGAAACUUGAUCAGUUGAUAGGAAAAGGGAAGUGAACUGAACUAAAACAAAAGUUUAUGGAGUUGGAUCAGAAAGAGCAGCGGCGAAAACCUCUUAACCCAAAUUCAUAGUCCACUUUCAUUACGAUCGGGCGUAAGUAAUGCAAACUGAGUCCAACAAACGAAACCGAGGCUCCACUCUUGAUUAUCGGGGGGUAAUGAGGUAACGCGACGGACGACACCUCUUUGAAAUGCCAAGAACCUUUGUACGACCAAAAGUGUUUCUGUUCUGAAGAGCUUAAAAAAAGGAAAAAAAGGUAAAAACCAACGCAGAAAAUUAAACUACGAGGGGCUUUUUAGAUUGCAACGGGAUCGAUACGGACCAUUAGCACCUUCCGUUUGUUCCGUAGCCACAGUACUCCCUGAAAACUUAAGUCACAUAACAUGUCAUUACAUUUUUCCAACUAUAAAAACGCUAAAAGAUUACAUUAUUUUAAACAUGUCAACAAUUACAGUUUUUCAACCGCAGCGCACAUAUAUAAUUUUCAUAUUUUUACAAUCAUGUAUUCACCACUUGGAGGAUUUAUUUGGAGCCAACCUAAUGACCAGCUCCUAGUUGGCUUGUUAGCUCAGUUUGUAGAGCGCUGCACCAGUAUCGCAAAGGUCAUGAGUUCAAAUCCAGUACGGGCCUGAAUUUUUUUCAGGCCUAAUUUCAACUACUAGUUAAGUAGUGUUCAUAACUGCGAGGAUCGCUCAGUACUUUGUUCACUACAGAUAUAUUUAACAUAAGACGUUCAAGAACGGUAUGGUCCUAGAGAAAUAGGUCAAAUAAGGGAGGACUUGGUAUGGUUAUGCAGACAAUUUUCCCCUUAAGAAGUAAAAGAACUACAUUUACCUUACAGAAGGCGAGGUAAACUAUCUGAAUGCAUCCGACGGCGAAACCAUUACGUUUGGCACACCAAAGGCUGGCAUCCAGAAUUACCCUUCAAAUUACAAAGAGCAGUGGUUUUUAAUUGUUCCUGAAGGACAGCAGGUCCAGAUAGACUUCGACAAGUUUGAUCUGGAGGAUAGUAAAGACUGCAGAAAUGAUUAUGUUGAGUUCCGUGAAGCAUCCAUCUCGGCUGGUAAUCCUAGUGUAAUUUCUGGCUAUUACGGACCAAUUCUGACCAAUCACCUGUGUGGAAAUACAAAACCGAGUUCGAUACAGAGUCAAGGGAACAUGGUUUGGGUUCAGUUCAAAAGCAAUGUAAACUCCACCACAGUGUAUAAGGGAUUCAAGGCUUCCUUUAAAGCAGGUACGUUGUAGCAAUGCAACACGGUGUGUUAGGUGUGUCUUUCGCGGAACAGAAGCUCUUUUAACAUGCAUUUUAAUCCUUCACAAGGUGAAAUUCUCAAAACUCGUUGGGAUGUAAAGUACACCUCCUAGUUAUCAAUGUUUCAUCACCGCUUGCCGCCAACACAGCUCCAGGGUCCUUUUUUUCAUUUUGACAGAGAGAGAAUCGAAUUAACUUUUUUACUUUUUCAACAAGCUGUGAAAAUAAAUGAUUAACAAAUUUUUCUUUUAAAUUUUUUUUUUUUAUUAUCGUACCAGGACAGGGUAGAUUGUCUGUCAGCUGUCCAUUGACGCUGCUGUUCCUUCCAGCUCUGAUCGUGGAUAAAAUCAACCUGUUCUGAUUCCGUUAUGUGUGUCCAAGAGCUGUCAUCUGUGGAGUGGAAUCAUGGAUAUAAUAUAUUCAGCUGAACACUGAUCAGCGAUGGAAAACUCUUAAGAUGAGAAACCUAGAAAAGCAUUUUUUUUGUCUCGUUUUGUUCCUG